AUAAUUCUAUGGACUGUGGGGAAUGUUUCACUGGGAAAAGUUCUCUUACUAAACAUCAACGAACUCACACAGGAGAGAAACCAUAUAAAUGCGUGGAAUGUGGAAAGAGCUUUAUUCGGAGUGGACAUCUGCGUACCCAUCAAAGGACCCACACAGGAGAGAAGCCACAUAAAUGCAUGGAAUGUGGAAAGAGCUUCAGUGAAAAUGGGACUCUGCAUAACCAUCAAAGGACCCACACAGGAGAGAAACCACAUAAAGGCAUUGAAUGUGGAAAUAGCUUCGGUCGCAGUGCAAAUCUGCAUACCCAUCAAAGGGUCCACACAGGAGAGAAGCCACAUAAAUGCAUGGAAUGUGGAAAGAGCUUCAGUGAAAGUGUGAAUCUGCGUACCCAUCAAAGGACCCACACAGGGGAGAAGCCGUAUAAAUGCAUGGAAUGUGGAAAGAGCUUCAGUCGGAGUUCACAUCUGCAUACCCAUCAAAGGACCCAUACAGGGGAGAAGCCACAUAAAUGCAUUGAAUGUGGAAAGAGCUUCAGUCAAAGUGGGAAUCUGCGUAUCCAUCAAAGGACACAUACAGGGGAGAAACCACAUAAAUGCAUUGAAUGUGGAAAGAGCUUCAAUGAGAGUGGAAAGCUGCGUUCCCAUCAAAGGGUCCACACAGGGGAGAAACCACAUAAAUGCAUGGAAUGUGGAAAGAGCUUCAGUGAAAAUGGGACUCUGCGUAACCAUCAAAGGACCCACACAGGAGAGAAGCCACAUAAAUGCAUGGAAUGUGGAAAGAGUUUCAGUGAGAGUUCAAAUCUGCGCUCCCAUCAAAGGACCCAUACAGGGGAGAAACCACAUAAAUGCAUGGUUUGUGGAAAGAGCUUCAGACUGAGUUCACAUCUGCGUAUCCAUCAAAGGAUCCACACAGGGGAGAAGCCACAUAAAUGCAUGGAAUGUGGAAAGAGCUUCAGUCAAAAUGGGACUCUGCGUAACCAUCAAAGGACCCACACAGGAGAGAAGCCACAUAAAUGCAUGGAAUGUGGAAAGAGCUUUAGUGAUAAUGGGACUCUGCAUAAGCAUCAAAGGACCCACACAGGAGAGAAACCACAUAAAUGCAUGGAAUGUGGAAAGAGCUUCAGUGAAAGUGGACAUCUGCGUACCCAUCAAAGGAUGCACACAGGAGAGAAGCCACAUACAUGCAUGGAAUGUGGAAAGAGCUUCAGUCAGAGUGGAAGUCUGCAUUACCAUCAGAGGACCCACACAGGGGAGAAGCCACAUAAAUGCAUGGAAUGUGGAAAGAGCUUCAGUCGGAGUGACAGUCUGCGUACACAUCAAAGGAUCCACACAGGGGAGAAGCCACAUAAAUGCAUGGAAUGUGGAAAGAGCUUCAGUCACAGUGGACAUCUGCGCACCCAUCAAAGAACCCACACAGGGGAGAAACCACAUAAAUGCAUGGAAUGUGGAAAGAGCUUCAGUCAGAGUGGACAUCUGCGUAUCCAUCAAAGAACCCACACAGGGGAGAAGCCACAUACUUGUAUGAACUGUGGAAAAUGUUUCACUGGGAGAAGUUCUCUUACUACACAUCAAAGAACCCACACAGGAGAGAAACCACAUAAAUGCGUAGAAUGUAGAAAGACCUUCAGUCGGAGUGGACAUCUGCAUUCCCAUCAAAGGACCCAUACAGGGGAGAAGCCACAUAAAUGCAUGGAAUGUGGAAGGAGCUUCUCUCACAGUGGAGAUCUGCGUAAACAUCAAAGAACUCACACAGGAGAGAAGCCACAUAAAUGCAUAGAAUGUGGAAAGAACUUCAGUCGGAGUGACAGUCUGCGUACACAUCAGAGGACCCAUGCAGGAGAGAAGCCACAUAAAUGCAUGGAAUGUGGAAAGAGCUUCAGUGAGAGUGGACAUCUGCGUUCCCAUCAAAGGAACCACACAGGGGAGAAACCACAUACAUGCAUAGAAUGUGGAAAGAACUUUUGUUGGAGUGGCAAUUUGCGUGUCCAUCAAAGAACUCACACAGGGGAGAAGCCACAUAAAUGCAUGGAAUGUGGAAAGAGCUUUAGUCGGAGUGGAGAUCUGUGUAUUUAUCGAAGGAUCCACACAGGGGAGAAGCCACAUAAAUGCAUGAAAUGUGGAAAGAGCUUUAUUCAGAGUGGAGAUCUGCGUAUUCAUCAAAGGAUCCACACAGGGGAGAAGCCACAUAAGUGCAUGGAAUGUGGAAAGAGCUUCACUGAGAGUGGAAUUCUGCGUAUCCAUCAAAGAACCCACACAGGGGAGAAACCACAUAAAUGCAUGGAAUGUGGAAAGAGCUUCCGUCACAGUGUGAGUCUGCAUACCCAUCAAAGGAUCCACACAGGAGAGAAACCACAUAAAUGCAUGGAAUGUGGAAAGAGUUUCAGUCAGAGUGGACAUCUGCAUACCCAUCAAAGGACCCACACAGGAGAGAAAUCAUAUAAAUGCAUGGAAUGUGGAAAGAGCUUCAGUCAGAGUGCACAUCUGCGUACCCAUCAAAGGACCCACACAGGAGAGAAACCACAUAAAUGCAUGGAAUGUGGAAAGAGCUUCAGUCAGAGUUCACAUCUGCGUACCCAUCAAAGGACCCACACAAGGGAAAAUGCAUUAGACAUCAAAGAGCUCACACACAGCUAGAGGAGACCUGCCAGUGUGUUUCCAAGAGUCCCAGGAAGAAAAAAAAUUGGGAUGAUGGACCGAAAAAAGAAGGCUGCCCACUUUCUCUCUGUCUGUCAUGUGCAGCAGUUUGUGUGGUCUGGCUUGACUGGUUUUGUGUUCAGGACUCCCACAGAGGUGGAUUUUUCUCUGUGUUGUAGCCAGUUUGGAAGGGGUUAACCUGAUCUUUUCCUCCUCAAGAAAAGCAUUGCAGGCUUCUGGGAUGAUCUGGGAAGGCUUUCUGAAAUGAGCAGCAGCUGAGAUCUCAUGACAAAAGGGUUCUGGAAAGGAACAGUUCCUUUUUAGCAGAUAACAUUGUACAUCUUGCCUGGAUCUUGGCUCUGCUGCCCCUCGGUUUGAAUUCUGGACUUUGGCCUUGUUCCUGUCAUCCUGUUCUGGACUCUGUUGUACCCUGAGUCAUUGUUGACUUCAAAUUCUGGACUGACUACUUGGCUUGAUUUAUGGACUUGGACUUCAGUUUGCAUCUUUGCCUCUCUGGCUUGAAUUUGGAGUUUUGACUUUGGUUUGUAAUCUUGCAUUCUUGAUAGUUAUUUUAUGAACUGUGGUGAAUGCAUUCCUGACAUCUGACUGUUGGACUGUGACCUUGGCAAAUAUUUGUGUAUUUGUAAAUUAUGUGGUCAUACUUUUAAUUGUAAACCGCUUUGGGUCUCCUUCGGGAGAGAUUCAACGGGGAGUAAAUAAAAAUAAUAGUAAUAAUAAUAUUGAUGCCUGUUUAGAGGAAAUCUCCUGUAAUAACAACAACUACAACUUCUUUAUUUUUAUCUCACCCUAUCUCUCCGAGGGGACUCAAAGGCGGUUUACAAAAGGAAUUUUGGCAAGCAAAAAAACCCCAAAUCAAAUUAUAAACAGUAAAUGAAUAACAUCAAAAUAUAAGUAUAAAAUAACCCAAACUAUAUUAAAUAGCCCAAACUAACAAGAUUAAAAUUUAUACAACACUAGCUGUGCCCUGCCACGCGUUGCUGUGGCCUAUAGUAAAACUUAUCAAAGUUGAGGUAGAUAUCUGGACUAUUAUGAAAGAGAGGUACCUACCUAUUCCUUCCCCCUUUUCCUCCCCCUUUCUCUCCUUUCUUCCUUCUCUACCUCUUUCUUUUUCACUACUUGGUUUCAUCCUUCUCUCUUUCCUUCAUUCCCUCCCCCUUUCUUCCUUUGCCUUUCUUCCCUCCCUGUUUGCUUCCUUCUUUCUCUUUUUAUUUCCUUUUAUUUCACCACCAUCAUAACAAUAACAAUAAUGCAAUGCAUUGCCUCUGGGACCUGACACCUCUCCCAUUCCCCCUAAAAGGGUCUCAUAGGAACAAUAGCAUAAUAAUAAUAAUAGAAAUAACAACCUUUA